AUGAAUAUUAAUUGCAUAGGAGAAAAAACCUUAGACUUUAAAAACCUGGAGGACGUUCUGACGGCCCACGACUGUAGGAAUGAAGUUACGUUCCCCACGCGAGUUAGUUCUCACUCGUCCACGGCACUCGACCACGCAUACACUAAUGUGGAGAUGGCCAUGACACAAAACUCGUGCAGAACUAUGUGGCAUAUAGUAAAUAAAGAAAGGGGGAAAAAUGUACGGCUACCUGUAGACUUCACAGAACUUGUAGUGGAUUCAAAUGGCGUAAAAUAUAGUACAAAAAAAGAAGCGGUAGAUGCUAUGAAUGCUAGGUUCGUUGGUGCCGCGAUGGCGUGCGGAGCCCCCCGCGCUGACCUUGACCGAGUCCGCGAUCAGCUGAGCACGACGAGCGCCCCCGCAGACCGCUCCAUAAGACUGAUGCCUUUCACCUGUGAUGAAGUCUACACCAUAAUAACGUCCCGAAUACCCCAUAAAACAAGUAAAGACAUUUAUGGCGUAUCCAUGGAUCUGUUGAAUGCUGUCGCCGGUUCUUUAUCUCCGGUACUCACGCACUUGUAUAAUUUAUGCCUAAGAGAUGGAUCAUGCCCAAAAUCCCUAAAAAUAAGUAAGGUCUCUCCCCUUUUCAAAGGGAAAGGAAAAAGAGAAUGUGAGGAUGCGUACCGGCCAGUGUCUAUCAUUCCGUGCGUUGCUAAGGUGCUGGAAAAUGGGUUGUGUCAGCGACUGACAGCAUUCUUAAAUGAGAUAAAUACAUUGUCUGACCGCCAGUAUGCGUACAGGUCCGGCCGCUGCACUACCGACCUAGCGCGUGAAGCCAUACAUAAGGUAAUGGAUGCCCUGGAGAGGAAACAGCAAGUUGCGAUGCUAUGCUGUGACCUCUCCAAAGCAUUCGAUGUGGCCGACCACGACAUAAUUGCCGCCAAGUUGCUACACUACGGCAUACGCGGCAAAGCUCAUAGCCUCCUGCCUCCUCACUGA